AUGUCACCGCAAGCAUCAUGCCAGAAAAUGGUGACAAAAUCGUCAGAUGUCGAAGCACGAACAAGACCAAAACCUCAUCAUCGUCGUGAUCAAAAAUUAUGUACAACAGAACGUCUCCCAGCAUUAUUUACAUCGGCUCUUUUAUUUAUCACUUCAUUCACUUAUUGGUUAUGUAUUUUACCAGAGAUUAUAAAUCUUUUGCCAUCAUAUUUACCAAUUCUUAUUUUACAUUGUAUUUUAUUUGUUCUUGUUGCUGCAAAUUUCCUUCUUGCAACAUUUAUGGACCCAGGCAUCUAUGAACAAUCAUUGAAAAAAGAACAUACAAAUAUAAGUUUUUAUGUUCGUCCAUUAAAACGAAAAGGAAUUUUUGAUACAGAUGAUGAUGAUGAUGAUACAUAUGAACCUCCAGCACGUAUUGUUCAUAUAAAGCAUGGAUUAAUUCAUAUGAAAUAUUGUCGAACAUGUAAAUUUUUUCGACCACCACGAUGUUCACAUUGUUCCACUUGUGAACGAUGUAUUGAUACAUUCGAUCAUCAUUGUCCUUGGAUAAAUAAUUGUGUUGGUCGUCGUAAUUAUCGUUAUUUUUUUCAAUUUUUAUUUUUACUCUGUAUUCAUAUGACAUUUAUAUUUAUAUUUUGUUUAUAUUACGUUCUACAUGAACGUCAUCAUCAAAUAAUAACACCAAAUAUUCUUUCGGAUUCAUAUGAUUUAUUAGUUCCAACUGAUGAUAAUGAACUAUUAACAUCAACUGAUUUAACAAAAACAAAAUUUAUUGGUUUUUCUGAUUAUCGAUUUAUAAUUUGUAUUAUUUUACUUGUACUAGUUGGUCUUUUUUCAAUACCAGUUUUUGGUUUAACUGGUUUUCAUAUAUUUCUUAUUGGAAAAGGUCGUACAACAAAUGAACAAGUAACAGAAAAAUUUCAUGAUCAACAUGAUGCAUUUAGUAAAGGUCUUGUGAAAAAUAUUGUUUAUUUUUGUUGUCAAUCAUUAUAUCCACAAUUAAAAGCACCAAAAAUAAAACGUUAUAAUGUUGAAUUAUUUGAAAAAAUGGCAUAUGAAAAUUAUCGUUUAUCAAAUGGAAAGAAAAAAUCAACAAAAAAAAAUGAAACAAAAACAACUUAUGAUAAAAUAAAAGAAAAUGAUAAAAAACAACAACCAAGACGUAAAAAGAAAAAAAUUAAUCAUAAUGAUAAUAGAGAUAAAAAUACAAUACCUAAUAUUCAUGUUAAUCCACUCGAUGAAAAAACUUCUAAACCUAGAACAAAAACUAAUAAUAAACCAAUUAAAAUUCCUGUACAACAACCAACUUCAUCAAGUUCACAUUCAUCUUCAUCUUCAUCAUCUCCAAUUCAAUCAAUAAAAAAUCAAUCAAAAUCUAAAACAAAUAUACGUCAUAGUUCAUCUAAUAUGUCAUUAUCAUCACGUUAUUCAUAUGAUAAUAUAAAUGAGAAUGAAGAAUAUAUGUUUGACAUUCAUGGUAAUCGUCAACGACCAUUACCUUCAACACCUAUGGAUUUAAAUUCAAAUCAUAAACAAACAACGAGAAUGAAUACAAUAAAUAAUGAUGUUCAAGGUGAUGCAACAUCAACAACAAGCGCUUUAACACUACGCACAGAAUCUUAUCGACAAGCACAUCCAUUACAAUCAUUUGCUUUUGAUUAUCCAAAACGACCAUUAAUAUCUCAAUCAAUAUCAAGAAAAGAUAAUCAAAAUGGAACUAAUAAUAAAAAUUAUGAAAUAGCUGUUUAA